UGUAGGUAGUUUUUUUUUUUAAAGCAUUAAUUAGUGUUAACAAGCUUAAGCUAAGCAUAAUUGGUAGCAAUUCUGUCCUCUGGCGGAGUCCACAAUCAUUAGUCCCUGUGAUUAGGAUGUCCAGUCUGCAGCUGAUUUCUCAAACAACUGUUGGGGGGGAAAUAAUGACCACUUCACUCUGCCAGAAGGUCUGACCCAGUUUAAACAGCACAGCAAAGUGUUUAUUUUAUUUUUCUUCUUCUUUCUUUCUAUGAUGGUAUCUCUGUACCGCGUGCUAACCGACUGCGCCAUUGGAGCUCUAUAUGAUGGCAUCUCUGGUCCCAUACUUAUGACAUCUUUUCACAAUGGAUGGGAGGAGAUGAGUGGCCCCAUCACCAGCCAAGCACAGAGCCAAGAUGGAUGACAUUGUGGUUGUCGCCCAGGGCUCCCAGGCCUCGAGGAACGUCAGCAAUGAUCCUGACGUCAUCAAGCUGCAGGAGAUUCCCACCUUCCAGCCGCUUUUGAAAGGGCUGUUGAGCGGCCAGACCUUCCCAACAAACACCAAGCUGGAGAAACUGGAUUCCCAGCAGGUGCUGCAGCUCUGCCUCCGCUACCAGGACCACCUCCAUCAGUGCGCGGAGGCUGUGGCGUUCGACCAGAAUGCUCUGGUGAAACGGAUCAAAGAGAUGGACCUGUCUGUAGAAACUCUCUUCAGCUUCAUGCAAGAGCGCCAGAAGAGAUAUGCCAAGUACGCCGAGCAGAUCCAGAAGGUCAACGAGAUGUCGGCCAUCCUCCGCCGCAUCCAGAUGGGCAUUGACCAGACGGUGCCCCUGAUGGAGAGGCUCAACAGUUUGCUGCCCGAGGCCGAGCGGCUGGAGCCCUUCAGCAUGAAGCCGGAUCGCGAGUUCAAGCUCUAGGUCCAGUUGGCGCCUCUCUCACUGGGGACGGUGUCUGGCAUCCCCAGGAGCCCAGCGACACUCUGAGGGAAGCCCUACCAGGUGACUGGGGCUGGGAACUGUGGCACUUCUGACUGAGUGAAGCAGCCUGGCUGGUCUGAAAGUCUGACUGAGCCCUGCCCAUCCCAGCCACACUCCCCUGAGCAACGGGAGCCAGGCUCAGGAUGGGCCCCAGAAUGGUUAGGACUUCCUUGUGGAACUCUGCCUUGGGAAUUAUUAUUUUGCUUUUAUCUGCUUCCUUUUCUCCCCCCCCCCUUUAAUUGAAAGUAUAUAUUGCCUUGUCUGCCUUGGGGUGUGAAAAUAUAGAGAAAAGUGUAUAUAUAUAUA